AUGCCAUCAUCACCGUCUUAUGUUGCUUCCAUCUAUCAAUCUAGCCCAACUCUCGCAGUCAAUUCUUCUUCCAAUCCCGUCAUUCUCCAGCCGUCCCUCCAUCGCGAAGACGACGAGGGUGAAGCCGAGCGGGAACAUACGCUCACACUGCCACUGCGCCGGUCCGUCACUCCAGGUGCGGUCUCGAGCAUCGCAGCAGGCACCUCGCUUGCUGUCCCCUCCGCAGGAGGAUACCGCGGACCAACCUCGGACGCGCAGUCGUCGACCUUCUCGCCUGACCACAGGCGGACGGACGCCAGUGCCUACUACACGGCAGCCUGGGGGUCCCCCUACGCCACGCCGAGCUCACGGAGUGCCUCCUGGCAGCUGAGGAGCAGACAGGGCGAUUUCGAGUCGGAAUUGGAACUCGAAAACUCGCCCUUCUCCAUCCGUACGACCGCUCGAGGUGAGCAGCAACUGCUGCCGGACUCUGCUAGCCAGACGGGCGCAGUGCCCUUUCCUGAGCUCACUUCGACCUUGUUUGAACGGGACCUGGUACCCGAGAGUAGCAUUAGCAGGCAUCGUGGGAAGUCCAUCAAGGAUUUCACCCAGGAUUGGAUCAAUCAGUACCUGACAGGGAAACCUCGCUCAGAACGGACGAAUUGGCUCAGUGACGACUCAGGAGAGAGUGACGUCGGUUCAUUUCUCACCGCAUACCAGCAGCGUGUUGACGGUUCCGAAGGCUGGCUCGACCUCGACGACGAUCUCGACGACGACAGCAACCUUAACAACAACAGCAGCAGCAGCAAUAACAACAAAUACAAGGAAGACCCCCUCAAGACGCCUACUGCGUCAAGCUUGCUAAAGGGGAAGAAACCAGAGUUUGGCUGGAAGUCCCGGCCUGCUCAUCUCAGAGCAAAGCACGCUCCCAAGGCGAGCACGGCCACCCUGAAACAGUCUGACUUUUGGGAUUUUGGUGAGGACCCCGAACCAUCGUCCCGGUCCCGGUCCCGGUCUCAAUCCCGGUCUCAAUCUCAAUCGAGAUCUCGUUCUCUGGUCAGAUCUGAUUCCCAAUCCCAGUCUGACGCCUGCGAUCCGGACUGUGCUUCCAUCACAAUGUCAAAUCUCGAGCCACUCACCAUACCAGAGGUGCAUCCGCCUCCACAACAGCACACUUAUGUCUCUCCCACAGAUAAACCUCUCCCGCUGCCCCCAACGCCCGUGGAGGAUGCACUAGAUCAACCUCUGCCUGGUGGGCCGAAACAGACCAUUCGUACUGCUCCGGCCUUCCUACGGCCUAAAAAGAAAGUCCCAUGGCGAGGGAAGCAAUGUAUCAUCGCACUUCCCCUUGAGGAUAGCCGUGGAUCGGCUGAAGGGGGGAAACGACUUCUUACACCCGCAGACGUGGAGCAGAUCUUGGAUAGCUGGGAAGAUCAAGGGUAUGAUGUUCGAGGAACUGGCCGUGGAGAGCCUGUCACAAUUGACCUUCAGAAUCGACAGGCUCAUCCUGAUCCCAGAGACACACACCGAGAACUCGAACAGAAGCAUUUUCACGUCAGUUUCCCAGACCAAUCCGUUUGGCAAGAGUAUGUCGAUUACUUGAAGGAAGAGAAGCUUCGUGCUCUCGGUGUCAGCCUAGGAGAUCCAGAGCCCAACCCUCUCAUGUCUCCUACGCCAGGAGCCAUGAGCCGCAAUUCUUCUCAGAUGCCACUGCUACCGGGCCAUGCUAUCUCUCCUCCCAUCCCUACCUCCUCCGCUGGCAGCAAUCAUCUGAACAUGAUGCAGAAUCCUUUCUCCCCAGCCUUCAACCAAUCCACGAAGGCAACCUCCAACAUCAGUUCGAUGAACUCGCCUGCAUCACCAUAUGGGUUCCACACCGAAUCUCCCUUCCAGCAAUUCCAGCCUGCGUAUGGAAAUGAAGCAAACUAUCCAUUCUUGCCAUUCCAGCCUACUCCUCCGGCACAUGGUACUCAUACUCCACAGAAUCUCUAUGGUAUACGGCCAAAUGGCAUGACUCCCACCAACAUAGGCAACAUGCCAAACCUAGGCUCUCUACUGCACUCCGUCUCCCCUAUACUCGAUGAAUCAAAGCAGUACCCUGGCAUGGCCAGCAUGCUACCACAUUCACACUUUAAUAACCCAUAUGGAGUCAGUACGCCACAGGCCCGAAUGAAUGAAUAUGAAAACCCAAUGCAUCAUCAGCCCAUGGAUGAACCGAACGUUGAAAUGGAGCCAGAAGCGGACACCCUCCAAUCAACACAUUCUGGUCCUGAAAUUGCCCACCCCACCCCUCGAGGCCAUCGACACAAUGUAAGCGAAACUCUGCAAAAGGGUGUUGAAAGAGACUACCAGCUCGAAAACUCCAUGCUCGACGAAGAACAAAGAGUAGAGGAUAAUCUCAUGAAUCCACGAUGGGCUGCACCUGAAAAGCCAAUGGGCCAACAGCACUCUUUCUUCCCAUCUGAAUCCAUCAAUCAGUCCAACCGGCUGCAACAGCAUAUUUUCGAUGAGCAACAAGCUCACAAUUCCCGUAUGGACGAAGAGGCCUCUGAUCUUGAGACAAAUCCCAGUCUCAAAGAUGUCCGUUCCCCCGUGGAUGACUACCACACACACCAGGCCAAACACAGCACUGGCUCAGCAUUCAUCCCAGGCCACAAGUCAAAUUCCUCCAUCUCAAAGCUCAACGUUGCUGCAAAGGCAUUCGAUCCCUCCAUAUCUACUUUCUCUCCAACCAAUUUCUCAUUCAUGUCCAAUAAUACCUUCCAGCCAACCUUUGGCAGCUUCCAGCCACGCCCUGCUUUCAACCAGGAUAUGCCACAGAGCGUCUCCCACAGCGCACACUCCAGUGGCUUCAACGUUGAGGCACCAGCAUUUGCUCCAGUCCAGAAAUCCCAAGAGCCAAUCUCCACUCCCAGUAACUUCAAAUUCUCCUCCGCCACAUUCAACGUUGCCGCACCAGUAUUCAACCCCGGAUCAAACUUCACUCUUCCCUCGUCAGAACAGAAACCAUCUCCAUCAGGUCCACGGACUAAGAUAUUUGACAACUUUGAUCCAGCGGCAAUUAUACCACCUACCAAGGCAUCCAAGGCCAUUCCUAUCGUGCGUCCAGGUGAUUCAAACCAAAACGACGAACAGCCUGACGACGAUGAACCUGGUAGAUUUGGUGCUCAGGGCCGAGAAAAGCGUGCCCGUCGCGUCGAAAGCCAUGGCGGUGACCAGAGUGACACUACUCGUGAACUUAUGUUUACUAUGUCACCCUCUGCUGCUGCUGAUUCCAAGCGUACAGCUACCUUGAUCGAUGACAGUGAUGAUGUACCACCUGAAAUAGCUGCGAAUCGCAAGAGGACGGAGGAGGAAAUUAUCGAAACCAUCCUGUCUGCUCAUGACGAUGAUCUCGAGGAAGUAGAAGAAGGUGAAAUUGUCGAAGAAAAGGAUAGUGGCAAAAAGCAGUUCGAGUUCAAGAACAAGGAAGAUGCCGCUGCAUUCAACGCUGCUCAUCCUUCGGCUCUUGCAGAUGAUGAGGUUCUUGGUAAUCUAGAGAAAGUAGAUUCUCAACCUGAAGUCGUAGUAUAUAAAGAUACUACUGUUGACCAGGAGGAACAAGAUACCAUUGUCGAAGGCGAUGAUCAAGAAGACCAUGAGUCCUUGGCCGAAGACAUCAAUGCCCAGCCAACGCCAUCUUCGCUCAAGCCUACCGCCAUACCGUUCAAGUUCACAUCAAGCCAGCCGCCAGUACUAAAGCCUAUUUCGCCUGUUGCAUCACCCCUACAGACUCCUUUACUCAAGCCAAAGAAACAAGGCCUCUACGCUUCGCGAUAUGCUACUUCGGACCCUGAUUCUCCUGAGCCUGUCAAGAACCAAAGCGCUCUCACAGCUAGUCUCAAGGCAGCUGAACAGUCUGAACAAGGUGAUACGCCCAUUAUCAAGGGCAUCAACUCGUCAGAUGAAGAAGAGAUUGACGCCGUUAUGAAGCAGCUCAACGACGGCGACUCGAGUGUUGGCAUUGAGAGACGAGAAUCUCCACAUGUUGCGUCCCAGGCCUCUUCUGCUAAUAUCUCACCUUCUCACCUCGCACCAAGCCAAAGCUCUCGCAGUGCAGCACCUAGCCCAAGCCUGCUAGAAGAGCCAUUUGAGCAAGAAAUCGCCGAGGAACCAAUAUAUGAUGAUAUCCAGCCUCAGCCUGCUCGUCCAAUGCAACGCAGUGGCAUAUCUUCUAUUCGUCAACUAAAUACCCAGCCACAGGAUCACAUCAGUGACUGGGACGAUGCAAUUAUGUCUGGUGAUGAUCUGGAACUUCGACAGAGGGCACCAUUCUUCGAAACCCAUGUUAAAGACAUUGUUCGAUCCUCGAUGGUGGGCCAUCUAGCUCCCAUUGAGCAAAGCUUGGCAGCCAUCCAGCUAGCCAUUUCUCAGAAUGCUUCACAUAAGCCCCGUUCAGCAAGGGUGGAACACAGCGACGCCGAUGACGAGGACGAUGAAGAUGAUGGGGAACACCGACCGCGUUCUCCUCGAAAUAAGCAUGAUAAGCUCGCUGUGAGGAUCAAGACCAUUGUUGCUGAAGCUUUGGCCGCGCACCACCCACCUCCAGUGCCAGAGCCUGCUCCAAAGGUCGAUUUGUCCGAAGUAACCUCCACACUCGCUGAAAUGAAAGUUGCCAUUGCCACAGUAUCGCAACAGCAAAGCCAGACUGACGGUAUUCGAGAUAUGAUCUCACAAUGCAUCUCGGAUCACCCUGCUCUCAAGCCUAAGGAAGUGAUCGUCGAGGAAAAGCCUGACUUGGCUCCAGAAAUGGAUAAGCUUAAGCUACAGGUUGAUGGACUACAGAGCAUGCUUCGUCUGGCUGAUGAGCGUGCUGAGAAUGAGUACCAAGCUCGACGAGCUGCCCAGGAUGCUCUAGCUCUAGCUCAACAACGAUCCGAUGCUGCUGAGAAGGGUAUCAUGGCUGAACGGGAAGCUAAGGCUGCCGCUGAGGAGGCUUUGGAAUUGGCCAAGAGCCAGCAUCAGUCUCAAAUUCAGAAGAGUGAGCAACACUCUAAGGACCUCCAGGACCAACAGGAGAUGAUGCGUCUUACCCUUUCGGAACUAUCAAACAAGAACAUCGACCUUCAAGGCACUUUAGACGAAUACAGAACGAGCGCGGACCAAGCUCGAGCUCAAAAACAGAAGGUCGAAGAAGAAAAUAGCGACCUUUGCCGUACCAUCGACCUUCUCAGGAUCCAGACUAAUGAGGGUGCAGACGUCAAGCAGAAGCUCCGCGAGAGAUUCGAAAAACUACAAGGAGAUAUGACUACUCUUGUCAAGAAUAUCGCCCAAGAGCAAGCUGAAUGGAGGAAGAAGGAAGUCGAGGCCAACAUCAAAUACAACACCCUCAAAGCUGACUUUGACCGUGAACAUAACCAGCGACAGAAACUGGAACUUCACAUAGGCGAUCUUGAGCAGAAGGAGAUGGAGGCCACAAAACUGAGAUUUAUCCUAGACCAGUCUCAGAACGAAAACGAUAAGCUUGAGGCUCUGUUGAUGAAAGUUCGACAAGAGAGUCACGAUCACCAAAACAGAGCUGCUAAAUUCGAGCGUGAAGCCAAGGAGGCUAUUGAGAAUAGCCACUUUGAAGCUGAACGCGUAAGGGCACUGCUAGAAACGGAUCUCAAUACAGCCCAUCAUCAGGUCAACUUCGUUCGCGCUGAGCUUGAAGCUCAAAUCUCUAACGUACAGAGCCUCCUUGACAAUACUAAGAUGGACUCUGAAACAGCCAAAGCAAGAUAUGAACUCCUACUUGCUGAAGCUAGAGACUCCAAACUAGCAGCUCUUCACGAUGCCGCUGAGUCCAAGGAAGUUGCUAUCCAAGAUCAACGUCGUCUGCACGAACGUACCCUGAACGAUCUCCGCGAACGACACGCUCGUGCUAUGCACAACACUUCUGAGGAUAGACAACGUGAUGAAGCCCAUUACAUGGAAGUUGUUGCCCUGCGUGACGAGAAGAUUGAGUACCUUCAGGAGAAGGUAACUAGUCUUGAGGAGAAGCUAGAAAUUGCCAAAUCUGCUGCCCGGGCUGCGGCGGAAGCUGCGCAGACCGCUAAGGCCGCCCCAGCACCCCAGCAAGCAGUUCAAACGACCUCUCCUUCAAUGACUUAUGCUCAAGGAUCGGAAGUCCCCGAUAAGAUUUCGCCGCAGGCCUUGCGGGAAUCAAUCAUGGUAUUGCAAGAUCAGCUGCAACAGCGUGAAGGACGAAUUGAAGAACUCGAACAAGAGCUAUCUACCAUGGACAGGGAUGCUCCAGCGAAGAUCAAGGAGAAGGAGACAGAAAUAAACUGGCUGCGCGAAUUACUCAGCGUCCGUCUUGACGAUCUCCGAGACCUCAUCCGAGCAGUCUCAAAGCCAUCAUUUGACCAGCAUUCGGUCCGCGAUGCUGCAAUUCGCCUCCGAGCAAACCUGCAGAUGCAACAGCAGGAAAAGGAGAGGGCUAUGUCCGGCGGCAAUAGUCAGUUUCCCAGCAUAGCUUCGCUCACCAGCCUUGCAUCCUCUCCUCGUGCAUUGCCCCUCGCAGCGGCAGCAGCGUGGGGAAACUGGCGUAAAGGGAAUGGAGUUAGCAGUAACUCCAGCAAUAACUCAGCUCCCACGGCAUCUUCCAGUAACAGCCACCACAGCGACGACCAGCUCACGCCGUCGAAGCCGCCCAAGCCGGCGCUGUCAGCAUCACAAGGCUUCCUCUCCGGACUUAUGACGCCCCCUAGCUCGAACACACGUGACACCCCUGUCGUACCGCCUGCCCCAAUAGGACGACGAACAUAUGCCGAAACCCGGCCCCUACGAGGCCAAAAUGCGGGCAUCCGAAGACUGUCUAGUCGUCAGCUAGAAAACAUCAUGCCCCCAACGACGCCGCCAUUGCUACGGAAUUCAAGUUACGACCAUGAUGCCGAAACAAUGCAUUACGGUAUGGGCAGUUCGACAGACGACAAUGACAGUGACAGUGUCAUUGGCGGCCUAAUGGGGCGAGAGACCGGUACACGGUCUAUCGAAGGACCAUUUGGCCCUGAGAUAUAG